GUGGUGGUGGUCAUAUUAUCUGCUGGUUUGUUUUUUUUUCUCCAUAGGUACAUGAUGUACACACACAAACAUAAACAGAAAACAUUCGAUCGGAUGAUGCGCUUUAAUGAUGAUGAUGAUGAUGAUGAUGUCCAAAAGUAAAAAAUGGGGGGUGGUAACCAAACAGAAAAAAAGAUUAAAUCAGAUUCGGCAACGAAAUAAUGUGUAUUAACAAUUUGUCGCAUAUUUGGAUUUGUGGAUUCGAUCAAUUCGAUUCAAUCAAUCAGUGGCCAUUUGAUUCUUUUUUUUCUGUUUGUUAAAACAAGCUGUUGUUGAAUGUUGUUUUGUAUUUUCAAAUUCUAAUCCUAAAUGAAUCGUUUCAUAAUUCGAAACAAUUUAUUUAAAUAUUUUGAUUAUGUUCCAAUUCGAACAACAAAACAACGACGUCCACAUGUAUCACAUCCUGCAUUAUGGUAUGAAGACUAUCCAAUAUCAUUGAUUGGUACAAGACAAUCACCGAUUAAUAUUAAAAAAGAAAAAUGUAUUCGAAAUCACCAGAAAUUAGAGUUGCCACCAUUGCAGAUACAAUAUCCACCGAUUUUUAAUGGUCUACGUAUUCGUAAUCCAAAAGAUGAUACAUAUUUUGGUUGGCGUGUUGAUGUUCCAUAUGAUUUUGGUGAUCAGGCCAUAAUUGCAGGUGGUCCAUUAAAUCAUCGUUAUAAAUUGAUACAAUUUCAUGCACAUUGGGGUAAAGAUUGUAAUUGUGGUUCAGAACAUAUCAUUGAUGGUAAACCAUAUUCAGCUGAAUUACAUUUUGUACAUUGGAAUUUUGAUCUUUAUUCCUCGGCACGUAAAGCAGCCGUUUCGAAAGAUGGUCUAACGGUUAUAGCGGUUUUUCUUCAAAUAUCUCCGGAUGCUAAACCUUUAUCAUCAUUACAUAAAAUUUGCAACGAAAUUCCCAACAUUAAAUAUAAAGGAUCAAUGAAAGAAAUGAAACAACCAAUGAAUAUAAUGGAAAUGAUACCGAAAAAUCGUUCAUAUUUCACAUAUUUAGGAUCGUUGACAACACCACCAUUAUGGGAAACCGUUACAUGGAUUAUAUUUGAAGAACCAAUUUAUUGUACAAAAGAACAAUUAGAUGCAUUUCGUAUGAUUUCUUAUUAUCAAAAAGAAAGCCUACAACAACAACAACAACAAAAACAUCGUCAUCAUCAUAAAAAUUCAUUGGAUGAAAUCUAUAAUGUGACAACUGUACAGGAAAAUUUUCGACCAGUACAACCAUUGAAUGGUAGACAAAUUAUUCAUGUACGGAAAUAAUAGGACAACAUAGUGUUAUUGAAAUGAAUUAAUUUUUUGUUUAUUAAAAAAAACAAAUGAUUGUAAAUCAA